AUGAUCCAAUACGCCAGAAACAAUUGGAACAUCUUCGCCAUCAUAGGUGCACUUGAAGCCUUGACUUUUCUCCUUGCAUUGUACUCCGCCGCUCGCCUCCCUGGCAGUCUCAUCAGUGUCAUCGGCCAAGGAGGAAUUCUGUGGUCUGUGCUGUUUGCUCGUCUUCUUCUCAAGAAGUCUUUUGACAAGCUGCAGCUUCUCGGCGUUUUCGUGGUUCUGAUCGGUGUGCUCACUUGUACUGUCCCACAGCUGCCAGCAGGAGCCCUUGUCACACAGCAGCAUCGUAUAGAGCUCUGGGCAUACUCAGGAUUAUACCUUCUCUCCUCUGCAUUCUCCGCUAUUUCUUUCACGCUCAAGGAGAAAUGCCUCAAGGAGGGUGAAUUGGACAUCAUCAUCGUCAGCUGCUUUGGUUCGUUGGCACAGUGCAUAUUCACGUUUCUGCUGCUCCCCUUGACUCUAGCGAUUGCGACCAGCUUGCCUCCACAGGUUUACUUCCAAAAAGGUCUUGCUGCCUUCAGUGGAGCAACACAUUCCUGCAUGCCCUGGCUAUUCUUCGCGUAUAUGAUCGCAAACUUGAGCCUGAAUCUAUCUGGGAUUGCCCUUACAAAGAGGGGCGGAGCAGUGGGAACUUUCGUCAUUGGUACAGUUUUGGUUCCAAUCACAAGUCUUGUAUUUUGUCUUAACAUCCCUCUGCUUGGUGCUUCAAGAUUCAGCUGGAUAUUCGUUGGAGGGCUUGUCUUCACAACGGCAGGGUCGCUCCUGUACAAUCAUCAGAAGGUGUCUGGCAUUCUACGAAAAGGCUCUGGGAUACAACAAGAAUGA